UUGAGGUCCUAGAAUGGAAAUAAAAAACGCUCCGUGAUUCCCUGCAUAAACAGACGUGCUAACCUUGAUGAUGAUUUCUGUUGCUGGCCCAUCUCUUCUUCUUUCACUUCACUUCUUCUUCUUCAACAACAACAACUAAAACUACCUCCCUUUCUCUUCCCUCUUUUCUUCUUUAAGCUCUAAACUUACCCCCUUCUCCUUUUCUCCUCCAUUUACCAAACCAUAUUUGUCCUCUUCAUACUCUAUUUUCCCCUCUUCACCCCUUGGCCUUUCACUUUUUCUGACCAUCAAUCUUCACUGUGAAGUGGGUUUUGGCUUAUUCUCUCAGUUCUUGACAACAACUAAGCUUCUGUGCUUCAGUAAACCCAGAAUAAGGCCUGCUGAAUACAAUUUUAUCCUUCAUGGGUACAAUGACUGCAACUUCUGCGAUGUCCAUGACUCGAGAUGCGUCAAAUUAUGAUGAGUUUUCUAUGCAGCAGAGCUUGCUCUUCUCUGAUAGUCUCAAGGAUUUGAAAAACCUGAGAACACAGUUAUACUCAGCAGCUGAGUAUUUUGAGCUAUCUUACACCAAUGACGAUCAAAAACAACUAGUGGUAGAAACAUUGAAAGAUUAUGCCAUCAAAGCACUUGUGAAUACAGUGGACCAUUUAGGUUCUGUGACUUACAAGGUUAAUGAUCUCUUAGAUGAAAAGGUUGAUGAAGUCUCAUGUACGGAGCUCCGGAUAUCUUGCAUUGAGCAGAGACUUCGGACAUGCCAAGAGUAUAUUGAUCAUGAAGGCGUUUCCCAGCAGUCACUGGUGAUAAAUACUCCAAAGUAUCAUAAGCGGUACAUUCUGCCAGUUGGGGAGACCAUGCAGAGUGCCAACGGGACCAAGUCAAAGUACCUGGGAUGCAGCCUAGAUGAUGAAGACGACUGGCAUCAAUUUAGAAAUGCUGUCCGAGCCACACUUAGAGAGACCCCAAGAGAAACCCCUAGAUCUUCAGUUAGGAAAGGGCGUUCUCCCUCACCUUCACCACGACCUCCACAGCGAUCUGGAACUUUUUCCUUUACUUCUACCAUGCCCAAAAAGGAUCUAGAGAAACGAACAGUGUCACCACAUCGGUUUCCACUUUUACGUUCUGGUUCUGUCUCAAGUAGGCCAACAACUCCAAGUGCUAGAAGGCCAACCACCCCAAAUUCAAGUAGGCCGACUACUCCAAAUGCUUCUGAUGCAAGACGACGGUACCCUUCAGAGCCUCGAAAAUCAUAUUCGAUGCGCCUACCAGCUGAGAGAGAUAACUCUAAAGAAAUGGAACAAUACCCUAGCAAAAGUAAGCGUCUUCUCAAGGCAUUGCUUAGUAGGCGCAAAUCAAAGAAAGAUGACAUGCUAUAUACUUACUUGGAUGAAUACUGAUUAAAAAUACAAGACAAGGAUAAAUAGAAAAAUCGAAACUAGACGCAUAAGGGGUCAACGAAACAGUGAACAACCAUGCUUGCACUUUCUACUCUUCCCUUUGAAAGUUUUUAUUUUUUUUGUUGCUUGUAGUUAUAUAUUUUUUUUCAUGUAUUGCAAGGAACAUAUUGAAAAUUUUCAUUUACCAUUAUUUUCCAGUCAUCAAUUGCUGGUACUUCACUAUGCAAA